AUGGUCACGUCCCUCAACUUCUUCGGAACGGGCGCGUGGGCCGGGGCCCCAGAGGGCCCCGACGACCAGCCUGGCGCCAGUGCCGGCCAUUUGUCCAGCACCCAAAGACAUUCCGUCCAGCACUUGUGGGAAGCUGCAGUGGAUUUCUUGUCCCGCGAAAGCCCCUUGCCGUCCAUAACGGCCAUCAAGCAUGACCUCUUCACCCGCCAGACGGACUACGCGGGAGAAGCCGUGGCGGUCCGGAGGGAGCUCGUCGCCGAAAAAGUUUCCCCUGCUUGGCCGGAGCGCGGCGAGGCUGCAUCUGUCCCCGUGGUGUCGUUCCUCGAUGGAGAGCUGCUGGACGACGUGCGUGACCCCAGAUCGCGCCUGCUCCCUCCGGAGCAAUGGCCGGAGGAACCCCCGAGGUCGCGCGUUUGGGCGUCCGACAGAGAAUGGUACAAGAUUGUCAAAGAAGGGGCUGCCCGAGGCAUCUUCGCAGAAGUCGAGCUCGUUUUCCGAGAUUCCGCAGGCCGGCCAGUCGUCAACGGCGCAAUGGGGAUUGACAAGCACCCCAAAGGGCCAGUUCCUGGCCCCACCCUCUUGCGUUUCAUAUCGAUCUUCACGCCGAUUAACUCCUACAUGCGCAAGCUGCGGGGGGACGACCACACCCUGCCCACGGCCACCAUGCUCAAUGCGUGCAUUCUCGAAGACGGCGAGGAGCUCUGGGACGAUACCGAGGACCAAAAAGGAUGCUUCAAUAUCUUCCGCCUCCCGGACGAAUGGCUAGGAUAUUGUACGUACUCUAAGCAAGUAUCUGCCGCGGCUUUCGGUGACGACCCCAACCGUAUGGCUUGGGUCGGCAUUCGUAGUGUAGCCAUGGGUUCAAAGAUUGCGGUUUCCAUCAUGCAACGAGUCAUCCGCACGCUCGUCUUGGACAUCGUUGGCGCCGACCCCCGCACUGAACUACGGCGGGACAGAGCGUUCCCAGACGGUGACGUCAGCAUCGUGUGCCUCGACGGAUUCGACUUUGUUCGGAGAGCGCAAUCUCGCCUGUGCAAGUUGCAAAUCGUGGAGUCCAUGGAGCAUCAGCAUUUCGUCGCUGCGUGCGCCAAACACGGAAUCCCCCUGAACCCGGCCAAAUCCCUAGUGGCGCAGUUGCGCGCAGGCAUCCUGGGGGGCCUGCUUCUGGGAGACAAGGGGUGGUUGAAGUUGGCGCCAGAGAAGGCCAACGCCCUGGUGGUCCAAACCGCGGUGCUGGCAACGGAGCAGCAAUGGCAGGCCGGCGCCCUCCAGCACCGGGCGGGUCAGGCAUGUUUCGCCGCUGGCUUCCGCCGACCCCUCUUCGCUGUCCUCGAGCAAAUCUUCCCCGCUAUCCAGACCGCCCUGGACGCGCCUGCGCCAGCAGACGCAGCGGUAAUAGACGAAAUGAUCGCCUUCGCUUGUCUGCUCCCUCUCGCGCACACGAAUCUCCGGGCGCCUGUUAAGCGCACCAUUUCGUGCACAGACGCCUCCGAGGACGGCGGCGGGGCCGUCUGCCCCGCCCAGUGCGGUGCCGUGACGUGCUGCGUGGAGUGCCUGCUGCAGCAUCGGCGUCAAGGAUGUUCGCUCGCAGGCUCCCAAGUGCUGUCAGAGUCCGGCCAAAAGCAUGUGCGCCUGGAGGCCGAUGAUGAGUUCACGGCGCGGGAGCACUGGACAGUGCCUGGGGGCUCGUACGCGGGCGCGCGCCGCCUGGCACACGCCGCCGGCCCGCGCCACCGGCACGCGGCAGGGCUAGGCGGCCGAAGCGUGGUGGACGCCGACGCACACGGACAGCUGGCAGUCCAAAGGCUAUUGUGGCGUGUGCUGCACUGGGGCUUCGCUGUCGUGCAACACCCUUGGGAUAGCCCGCUGCGGCAGAGCGAAGGGGUGCGGUCCCUCCUCCGCUACAAGGGUGUAUUGUGCACCAGGGUCACCGUGACGGGCGUCGCGCCCGCCGCGGGCGACACGGAUCUGCGUUUGCUACACAACUGCCGCCUGCUUGAACAAACGUUCUCGGCAGAAGAGACGGUCGCCCAGCGAGGCGCCUCUGCGCGCACGCAGGAACAGUUCUGUGCAGCAUACUCCCGCGCCGUUGCCCGAGCACUGCGCGAGCUCGGGCAACAAGGCGUGCCAGCAGCGCCCUCGGACCAGCCAGCGCGGGUCGAAACCCAGCUGGCGCGCGCCCGCCGGGGAGGCACCCAGGGCGCUUUAGCGCCAGCGGCCCAGGAGAUCGUGCGACUCCUGCAACGCAUGGUCCCUGGAGGGGAGCAAGCCCACCUCCGGUCCAUGCUUUCGUGGGCGGACACUAAAGGCGCUCAUGUGUGGAUGUCCACCAGCGAAGUUGCCGAUUUGCGGCAAACUGUGCCCUACCCGGCAUUCGCCUGGAAAUGGCACGUUGUCAUGUCGUACCGGUGGAAAGCGAAACAACAUAUCAACGUGUUGGAAUUAAUUGCGUAUUUAAACUAUGUCCGAAAGAAGUCUCGCUCUCGUUGUUACCACUCGUUGCGAUUCAUCAACGUCUUUGACAGCCAAGUGGCCGCGGCUGUAGUCGCAAAAGGCCGCAGUUCCAGCCGGCGCCUCAACAGACCGCGGCGGAAACUCAUGGCGUUGGAACUCGCAAUGGAUGCCUACUCCUUCGGUGUCUGGACCAUAUCAGAAUGGCAGUUCGCGGACGCCGCGAGCCGCCUUCACGCAGGCGGCAACGUCGAGCACGUCAUCAUCCACGACGCAGUCGCCAUCAAAGCCCUGCAGGCGGCAUCUGCAGGCCGGUCUCACACGCAGCCUCUCUACACCAAACCACCAAGCCAUUUCGCGCACGAGUACAAAUGGCUGGCGCAGUUCUUCGGCAUCAGUGGGGACACAGUUACGCCCUACGGGCUCCGGAGAGGGUCGAGCGAGGCCAAAAGUGUGAAUAUCAAGACGUGGCAGGAGGGGGUCAUCUACGGCACGGUGGCUUCCGAGCACAAGCAGGAGUCCGGCCUGGACGCGGACUUCGCGCAGUGGCACAAAGCCGGGACGCCGACGCCAGUGAACCAGGUCGUCCCUCGCCGGCUGCAGGGCGAAGGCUUCGUCCGGAAAGUCCGGAUGACCAACUUAGCCUUCUACGACACGUGCGUCGAGCACAACCUGCGCACGUACGACCAGGUCUGGGCGAGGGCCACCGAGCUCAACGAGCAGGGCGACAGGGCGCUGCUAUCGCACCUUGUGGACAACGACGCCCGGGCAACCCUGGCCAAGGUGGCCCAGGCUGCGGCUUCGAAGGAAAAGCUGCGGCGCGCAGCUCUGACCCGCGAGCAGCUGCUGGAGGAGUUCGUCUCGAAGAAGACUUGCUCGUGCUCGAGCCCUGGCUGGUGCUUCGGCAUGAUGAAACAAGUGCUUCGGGCAAACUCACUGGACGGGCCCUUCCAGCGGGAGGUCUUGGGGGCUAUGAGAGCAGGCCGGGCCAAGCAGAGGAACAUCUGCUUGGUGGGGCCGCCGGACUGCGGAAAGAGCUUCUUGCUGAAGGGUUUGCGAGGCCUCUUCGGGUGCUACGAAAGACCCGACAGCGGCCCCCACCAGCUGGAGGACUUGCUCACCGCGGAGGUAGUCUUCCUGAACGACUUCGAGUACGACUCGAAAGCGCCCGAGUGGAUGCCAUGGGCAUUCUUCAAGGACUUCCUAGAGGGGUCGCCUGUGAAAGUAGCGGUGCCGAAGCAGCGGGGCGGGAACACUGUCUUCGAAGGAGACGCCCCGGUCUUCCUGACGAGCCCCAGCGAGGUCACGCUCAAGAGGUACAACAAGGAGGUGGUGAACGAGAUCGCGCAGAUGCGCAAGCGCAUCAAGUACCUCUGGCUCCCGCAGGAGAUCCCCGCAGAGAUGCGCCAGGAGGUGAAACGGGUCUGCCCCCACUGCUCUGCCCGGUUGUACUUGGAGGGGAAGGCCUUCCUGGACGGCCCAGCAGGCAACGCCCCGGCUGGCGGCGCGCCAGCGCCCGGACCUGUCGCCGCCGCCGCCUCCGCUGCCCAGAACGAGGAGCCCGCCGCCAAGAGGGCGCGGCUCGCAGCAGACUGCGCGGCAAAGCCAGCGCAAGCCAAGACCCUGUUAGACGUCGGCGCACUCGAGCAGGCAGAAUUCGACCGCUUGAAAGCGGACCUCCUGGGGGGCAUGUGA